UCGUUUCCGGAAGCCGCUUUCCUUUGACAAGAUGGCUCCUCUGUUGGUCCCGCUGGAAAGCCUUUUACACCUGCAGAGAAGAAAAUUAGCUAUUUUACUGCAAAAGACAAGUUUUUAUCAUGUUUGGAGAGGAGGGAACAAACCGAAUGGGAAACAACAGAAACAACAGACUACUUAUUUGGUAGCGAUGUCUGCUACUCGACGUAACCGGCAAGUUGAGCUGAGCCCCAACCUGAGGACAUCCACAUGGACAGUCAACAGGAAUGACAACAGCAGACGUUUACUGGAAGCUGCAAAGCAUUUGCAGGUGACAGAACGGACAUGUUGGCACGGAAGUGCGGGUGGAAGAUUAAACGCAGACCCCAAAAAUGUGUUGAAGGAGGUGAAUUCCAGGACCAUCAUGUCUAACAUGUUGUCCUACGUGUGGCCCAAGGACCGACCUGAUCUACGGGCUAGAGUAGCCAUCGCCCUGGGGCUGCUGGCUGGAGCUAAGAUGACCAAUGUGAUGGUACCCUUCAUGUUUAAGUUUGCCGUGGACGAGCUGAAUGGACUGUCAGGACACAUGCUGAACCUGAGCGACGCCCCCAACACCGUGGCUACCAUGGCAACUGCUGUUCUGAUUGGUUACGGUGUGUCCCGUGCCGGUUCGGCCCUCUUCAACGAGCUACGUAACGCCGUGUUCGGGAAAGUUGCCCAGAGUUCCAUCCGCCGCAUCGCCAAGAACGUGUUUCUGCACCUCCACAGCCUGGACCUGGGCUUCCACCUGUCCCGCCAGACGGGGGCGCUGUCGAAGGCCAUUGACAGGGGCACCAGGGGCAUCUCCUUCGUCCUCUCUGCUAUUGUCUUCAACCUGGGACCCACUGCGCUGGAGAUGGGUCUGGUCUCUGCUAUCCUGUAUUAUAAAUGCGGGGUGGAAUUUGCUGCGGUGACGCUAGGUACGCUGGGAGCUUAUACAGCCUUCACCAUUGCUGUCACACAGUGGAGGACUCGGUUCAGGAUAGAGAUGAACAAUGCAGACAACGAGGCAGGAAACGCUGCGAUUGACUCUUUACUGAACUAUGAGACCGUUAAGUAUUUCAACAAUGAGAAGUACGAAGCAGAGAAGUAUGAUGGUUAUCUGAAGAGCUACGAGUCCUCCUCCCUGAAGACCACCUAUACCCUGGCCAUGCUCAACUUUGGACAAAGUGCCAUCUUCAGCGUGGGCCUCACUGGUAUCAUGGUGCUAGCUAGCAAGGGGAUCAUGGCAGGCUCUAUGACAGUAGGAGACCUGGUGAUGGUGAAUGGUCUGCUGUUCCAGCUGUCUCUGCCUCUUAACUUCCUGGGCACUGUGUACAGAGAAACACGCCAGGCCCUGAUCGACAUGAAUACCCUCUUCACACUGCUCAGUAUUGACACCAAGAUCAAGGAGACAGAUCUGGCCCCUGCUCUCUCCGUCACCCCUCAAGAUGCCACCAUCAGGUUUGAGGAUGUCUACUUUGAGUACCUGGAAGGACAGAAGGUUCUAGAGGGCGUCUCAUUCCAGGUGCCUGCUGGGAAGAAGGUGGCCAUCGUAGGAGGGAGUGGAUCAGGGAAGAGCACCAUAAUGCGUAUGUUGUUCCGGUUUUACGAGCCCCAGAAGGGAAACAUCUACAUCGCUGGACAGAACAUCAGAGACGUUGGACUGGACAGCCUGCGACGGGCCGUAGGGGUGGUGCCACAGGAUGCAGUGCUCUUCCACAACACCAUCUUCUACAACCUUCAGUAUGGGAACAUCAACGCCACGCCAGAGGAGGUGUACCAGGUGGCACGGCUGGCAGGGAUACAUGACGCCAUCCUCAGGAUGCCACACGGAUACGAGACUCAGGUCGGAGAGAGGGGACUCAAACUCUCAGGUGGGGAGAAGCAGCGUGUGGCCAUAGCCAGGGCCAUACUGAAGAACCCUCCUAUACUGCUGUACGAUGAAGCUACGUCCUCACUGGACUCUAUCACUGAGGAGAACAUUCUUAAUUCCAUGAAGGGUCUGGUCCAGGACCGGACGUCGGUGUUCAUCGCUCACAGACUGUCCACCAUCGUAGACGCAGACGAGAUCAUCGUACUCAACAAGGGUAAGAUAGCAGAGCGAGGGGACCACCAUUCUCUCCUGGCUACUCCAGGCUCUCUCUAUGCUGAUCUGUGGAACACUCAGAACAGUAAGAUACUGAACAGUAAGAACAGCCCAUUGGAGCUGCAGCCAGAGAGGCUCAGCCAGAAGGAGGAGGAGCGGAAGAAACUACAGGAGGAGAUCAUGAACAGUGUUAAGGGCUGUGGGAACUGCUCCUGCUGAGGAGAGACAAGGACAGGAGGUGCCACCUCCCUCAAUACCUGUCCUCCCUUACUCCUCCAUCCACUGACAGCCUGCACUCAGUACUUUACACCUCUCUCCCAUCUCACCCCUGCCACGCCAAGACCCUCCCCCUUGCUCCUCCUGAGAAGGCGAUUGGUGCCUGAAGAGGAGACUGAGGAGAAAGGCUGUCUGCCAUUGGCUAAUGUCCACAGAGAGGCAAUGUUAGUCUGCCAAUCCUCAGCUCAAACCAUGCAUAAGAGACCUUGUAUAGGAUGACAUCAUGUUGUCUGUUUUCAUUCUGAAGAUCUGUACCAAAUGUCACCCUACACUCUAUAGUCCCUGGUCUGAAGUAGUGCACUAUAUAGGGGAAAGGGUGCCUUUUUGGGAUGAAAGCGGAGGUAUUUCUGACAGCGUUCUCCUGUAGGAAGAUGGAUGCCUUGAUGUUGAUUUUAAUACAUUUUUAACUAGUUCUUCCAUAUUGUUGGGAAGUCUAGGUAGGUGUUUUUAUAUUUUAAGGAUUUGUAAAUAUCUCUAUAUCAGGAAUAAAAGGCUUAUGACUAAAACUAGACACGCAUUGUCCAGGUAUAUCUAUCGCUAUAAAAUUACCUUUUCUCAAAAAUAAUCUUUACUUGGGGGGGGGAUUUAGAAGGUUGCACCAAGAACAGGAAGCGCACACGCCUCCCUAAAGAUAAUUUAUUACAAAUAAUGAAUAUUAGACUUCAUCCUUCAUAGCUCUGUUUUAUUGAGUAGAGAUCUUUAUCAGAGAACAUGACUUGUCAGGAACAUCUAGUAUGUUGAACACCUGGCUGGCUGGCUGUUGAAGACCUGGCUGGCUGGCUGUUGAAGGCUGGCUGGCUGUUGAAGACUGGCCGGCUGGCUGUUGAAGACCUGGCUGGCCGGCUGGCUGUUGAAGACCUGGCUGGCCGGCUGGCUGUUGAAGACCUGGCUGGUUGACUGGCUGGCUGUUGAAGACUGGCUGGCUGUUGAAGACCUGGCUGACUGGCUGGCUGUUGAAGACCUGGCUGGCUGUUGAAGGCUGGCUGGCUGGCUGUUGAAGACCUGGCUGGCUGGCUGGCUGUAGUUGUAGUUCUUGACUGAAGAGCCCUAUCUGUUUUAAUGGAAGGUGUAUUGGUACGCGUGUUGUUAGGCCAAUAACCAAAUGCAUCCUUUUAACACCGGCUCCCAGGGCAUUAUCACUUUUAUACAACGAGUUACCAACCUACUGAAAUAACGUUUUUUAAUGAAAAUAUAUAAAUCAUUAUUUCCAUGAAUUCAUUCAUACUAUUUCAUCCUUCCAUGAGAUAUAGCCCCGACACAAAUCUACUACCCGAGCCGGCUGGUCGUUCGAUCGGUUCUUAUCCCUUGCUUGCUAGCUAGCCAACUACAGCUAACUUACUGUCACGUCAAACCGUGCACACAGAAUAACAGCAAAGUAGCUGCAUUUGUUUAAGCUGUUUUCUAGAGACAUUUAUUUGGGUUCAUCCAUAUCAAUGAGCUAAUGAGGCACGAUUUUACCUGGCGUAGAAAAUGUACUCUCUCAUCAGGACACUGUUGUUCAGAGGAGCCAGCCACAAUCACUUCAAACUGAAGAUGGAAAGACUGCAAACCAGCUGCACUUCAUUUCACUUGACCUUUUUUCAAUUGACGUUUCUUCGUAUAUAUCCAUAAACAUGCUGAUUUCAUGAUUUCGACUGGCUGAAAAAUGCUGCCUGUCUGUCUUGUCCCGACUCGUUUGUUACUAUGGGACAGAUAGAGAUCGAAUCUGAAUAUUGAAAUGUUGCAAAUGCCAGAGAAACAAAAGUUUUUAACAAACGUCCACUGUUGAAAACUAAAUGUUAGUCUUAAAGAAAUAUGAGAUAAUAUCUAGAUGAUUUUUAUAGUGGAGAUCAAGAUUAUAAAUUGCCUGGCUGGGCUGACGAGACAGUGGAUUGCGCAGUCCGAUGGAACAGAGUAAAUAGGCUUUUUAACGUCAUAGAUUUAGCCAGUGGUAACUUCUGGAAUAGACACCGGCUGGAAUCUGGUUUUAAUUUAGGCCAACCACACAGCCACCCACACAGCCACCCACACAGCCAGGCACCCACACAGCCACCCACACAGCCACCCACACAGCCAGCCACCCACACAGCCAGCCACCCACACAGCCAGGCACCCACACAGCCACCCACACAGCCAGCCACCCACACAGCCAGCCACCCACACAGCCAGCCACCCACACAGCCAGGCACCCACACAGCCAGGCACCCACACAGCCAGGCACCCACACAGCCAACCACACAGCCAACAACACAGCCAACCACAAUCACUUCAAAUUAAUUUGGGCGUAGACCCACCCGUUUGUAUAAUACUAGGUUGAUCACAGCCUUUUUGAGUUUUGAAUAAAGCUAAUCUGAAAAAGCUGAGGACAUACUAUUCACAAUUUAAUUUCUACCUUUUUUACUAAAACUUAUUAUGGUGUCUUUUGGAUUGUCUAACAACCUAUGUUCUAGAUUUAAAGAUCGUCUGACAAUGUUCUGAUAUUCACAUGGGUUUUGGUAUUGCCUUGUUUGAGGGUCAUUUCUCAUGUUGUGGUCGUGUACAGUUCGUUAGAGCAGAAUACUAGUUGGGCUUGUUGUACAGCAGUAAUGUAAUAUGUAUAAUUCUAUAAAAGACAUUGGGCUUUUUGUGUGAUAACCUGAAUAAAGAGCUGUGACAUUAUAUUGCCUAUGAUCGGUCAGUCAAUAAAGGGGAUGUCUUUCUUAA